CCGGCGGAGCUAUGGGGCACGUGCCGGGGCUGCUGCGGCUGCUGCUGCGGGGGCCGACGCUGGGCCCGCGCGCCUCACGCACGGCACGUACGGCACGCACGGCGCCCCACGUGGCGAGGGAGUUACUCCGUCUCGGCUCGUCGGAUGCCACGCAGGCCACCUUAGCCAGCGUGGCGCCGCUGUUUGCCGUGACGAAAUUCGACAAGAACGGGAACGUCACGUCUUACGAAAGGAAGAAAACUGAACUGUACCAGGAAUUGGGUCUCCAAGCCCGAGAUUUACGUUUCCAGCAUUUAAUGAGCAUCACCGCCAGAAACAACAGGAUCAUCGUGAGAAUGGAGUCUUUGAAAGCUGUGAUAACCCCAGAAUAUCUUCUGAUACUAGAUUACCGCCAUCUCCGCCAGGAGCGGUGGCUCUUCCACGACCUGCCGGCCCAGCUCGCCCUGGAGGGCCAGCUCGUCACCGCCUCCUUGCCCUUCGAGUUCAGAGCAAUGGAGGCCCUCCUGCAGUAUCGGGUCGGCGGCCUUCAGGGGAAGCUGAGCGUCCUGCAGCCCCUGAUCCUGGAGACGCUGGAGGCCCUGGUGGACCCCAAGCAUUCGUCGGUCGACCGCACCAAGCUGCACGUCCUGCUGCAGAACGGCAAGAGCCUGUCCGAACUCGAAACGGACAUCAAAGUCUUCGGAGAGUCCAUCCUGGAAAUCCUGGAUGAGGAAGAGUUGAUGGAAGAGCUGUGCUUGACCAAAUGGGCGGAUCCCGCGGUGUUGGCGGAGAGCGGAGGCGGGAUCGAUCACGCCGAAGAGAUGGAGCUGCUGCUGGAGAACUACCACCGGCUGGCCGAGGACCUGGCCAACCAAGCCCGCGAGCUCCGGGUCCUGAUCGACGACUCGGAGAGCGUCAUCUUCAUCAACCUGGACAGCCACCGGAACGUGAUGAUGCGGCUGAACCUGCAGCUGACCAUGGGCACCUUCUCCCUGUCGCUCUUCGGCCUGAUCGGCGUGGCCUUCGGCAUGAACCUGGAGUCCUCCCUGGAGGAGGACCGUCGCGUCUUCUGGCUGAUCACGGGGAUCAUGUUCAUGGGGAGCGGCCUGAUCUGGAGGCGCCUGCUGUCCUUCCUCGGGCGCCACCUGGAAGCGCCCCUGCCCCCGGCGAUGCCCUCCCUGCCGAAGAGGACCCCACGGGCCAGCGGAGGCGGAGAGAGGAGGGACGGACUCAGAACGGAGGGCGCGGGGUCGAGCCGAAGCGUCCUCGCGCACCGAUGAGGAGCGGUGGCCGGGCCCGGGCCGCCCCCGCGAGUCGCCGCGCUCGCCCUGCGACGCCGGGGAGAGCUCGGCGAGCGAGGGGCGGUUGGACGGAUCCCCGGGCCUCCCUCUCCCCCCCCCCCCCCCGAGUCUCCAGGGCGGUUCCACGCCUCCGCGCGUCCGGACGAGGGUCACCCUAUUCACGGGCAAGGAGCCCGGGGAGCGGGGCGGGACCGAGCCCCGGGGGGCUUUCUCCGCCGGUCGCGGGGUGGUCUCUGCGGACGGAACGAGCCGUACGGUGCGGAGGCGGGCGUGGGGAUGCUCGUCCCCCCUUCCGCCUGCUGCCGGAAAGAAAAGAGAGCGGAGGGGUCCCGAUCCAGGAGAGGGAGGGGGCCGCGUUGGAUUUCUUGUGAACUACGCCGACGGGCGAGCACGCGGUCGAGCGCCUUUCCGGCGGACGGCGGCGCGGGCCUGGGCUCGCUCCCCGCCGUGCCCUGCACGCGCCAGCCCCCCUCCGAUCCCGUCGCCUUUGGCCGCGCCCCGGGGAGACUGAGGAAACCGUGACGUCGGAGCCUCCGGCCGACACGGGGGCCGAACCGAAGAUCCCGCGGCUGUUUAUUCGGGGGGCGGGGGGUGGACGGGGAAAGGCUCUCCCCGGGUUCCCACGACUCCGGCCCGGUUGAAGCGGGGGGCGGAGGAGGAGUCCGAAAGGCCCCGGCCCCUCGGCCUCGCCCACCGAUCCCCCUUCCCGCCACUCGCUGAAGAAAGGGUGCUUUGCGCUUCCGACGCCGGGCUGAAACGCGGGGUUCGGCGGGAGCGGCGCGGAGGUGAGCGGGCGGCUCUCUGGCUCGGGCUCGGGGGUUCUCGAAAUAAAGAUCGUCUUGCGGUGGGA